UGCAAAGAGAACAGUGUCCAAACCUUAAUUUUUCCCUUCAUCGACAACGUCGUACGGACCCAAAUGCCUUCCCAAAAGACAUUCAGAACAAAGCGCAUUUUGGCCAAGGCUGGAAGGCAGAACAGGCCGAUUCCCCAAUGGUUCCGCCUAAAGACAGACACCAAAAUUCAGUACAAUGCCAAGAGGCGGCACUGGCGACGAACCAAGCUUAACAUCUAAGCUGAUCAUGGAUUUGGGGAGAACAGGGUCGCUCGUUGCAUAUGUAUCCCGUACGCUCUAUGACUUCACAUGAAUCUAUGCAUAUUACAGCCACUUCGUCGCAAUACGCUUUGCAAGAUCCUCCUUCUCGACAUUCAACAACCAUGAUAUCUGGCCUAGUUGGCACUGAAAUGGAUCCUCUCUCAUUCCCUUAGUAUGAACUAUACGGCCUGAUCCAAUACAGCGUUGACAGCUGGCAGCACCUAAAGGUACUUUACUGACGGAGACAUUUCAACGGAAGCAGAGUUCUAAACAACUUGUCCAACAUUCAACUAAACUUCUGGCUACACCCAAGACGCUGACCGGAAUUCACGGACGUCAUACUAACGCCCGUGCCCUGCUUGGUGACUUCUCUACUCAAUCUUACUUGGUGUGCAACUGUUGUGAGUGGCGACGUCAGGCAAGAUUGGC